AUGGCGCGUGCACGCGUACGCCACGCCGGCGGCGAGAUCGCGGACGACGACAUGCUCCGCGAAGUCUUCGCGCGCCUGCAGGGCUUGCAGGACCUCCUCCGCUGCGCAGCCACCUGCAAGCGGUGGCUCCACCUCGUCAGUGACCCGGCCUUCCUCCGACGCGUGGGCCUCUGGCCGGAGACGGCCCGCCACCCGUCAGUCCUCGUCGGGAUCUUCUCCCAGAACGCGUACCCAACCAGCAAGCACCUGCCCCUGAACGACAGCCCUCCGAGCUUCCUGAGCCUUCAGGCCGGCGGCGCCCAUCUCACCUUCGACUCCUUCGUCCCCAACGACGACGGGCUCUUCAACCUGGCAAGGCCACUCGCAUCGCGACGCGGCCUUCUCCUCAUGCGCAUCAUGCCGCCUACCCGGGUCGACUGCUACCCCAGCCAUGAAGUCCGUGAAAAGCUUCAUCUGGUGGCAUGCCGCCCUCUGAUCGACAGGCAGCGUAGACUUCUACCGCCGAUUUCCUUCCCCACGAACCAUGGAUAUGGGUACUUCGACAGAGACUUGGACUUAGACUUGGACUGGAACCUAACCGGCUGCGCGCUUCUUACCGACGAGGAUCACGCUGUCAUUGACGAUUUGGAUCAGCGACGACGACAACAACCGGCGUUUCAGGUGCUCUUGACUUACACCGGCAGCAGCGGCACCUUGUAUGUCUACACGUACUCCUCUGCCACAAACAGUUGGAGCUCGCCCACCAUGUGUCGACCGGCUUCAUACCUCACCAGGUGUGGGCCGUUUGCUGGUGUCGUCGCCCGUGGCACCGUGCACUGGCUGUACAUGGACGAGACAAGUUUCUACACGCUCAAUGUAUCUGUUGCCACGACACAUGUUUCUUUGACCAAGAUCCCCAUCAAGGUCCGCGCCGGUGAGCAGCGGCGGCCACCGUGUCCAUGUGUCACCGGAGAAGGAAGGCUUUCACUAGUUAGUAUACGAGACCAUGGCGUGCUAGAGCUUUGGACAAAGCAAGGACAAGAUGACGACAAUCGUGGCUGCGAGAUUGGCGGCGAUAGGUGGUUGUGCUCCGACCUGAUAAAUCUCGGAAGCGAGGAGAGAAUAAACCUCGUCUUCUUCGCGGAGAGGAGAGCUGUGCUGCUCGUCGAGCAGCGUGGUGCGUUUUUCACCAUCGACCUCAAGAGUAAGAAAAAGGCAUCCAUUGAUCUCAAGGGCGAGGAAAUGCAGCAUUUCAAAGGCGCAUACAGGUUUCCAGCGAAUCUAUGCAGUAGUAGUUGGUGUAGUGGAUUGCACUACGGCCUGAAAAUGUGUGGAUACAACAAACCUGUGUUGUACGAGGUGGAUUGGUCCAUUCCUGUCGCAGGGGAGGCGACAUGA